UCUCUCUCUCUAAUAUCUCCCUCCCUCUCCUCGCCGCCGCUGCCCCGUGCCAUGCUGCUACUGCUCCCUCCUUCCCUCUUCCACCUCCUCCUCCUCCAGCUGCUUCCUCUCUCUCCGUCUACCUAAUAUACUGUCCCUCGCCUUCUUUCUCUCUCCUCCCAUCUCAUCGCAUCUCCUGUAGGCUGUAGCCCGCACGAGCCGUCGCGUCGUCUUGCCUCUCAGGCGCGGGCGCGGCGGCCCCACCACGACCGGCCGUGUCCUCCUACGAGGAGGGGGAGGGAGGGGUGCACCGGAGGCGGCGCGCUGGGCAGGGCCGGGCCGGCCGGGCGGAUGGCAUGAGCCGGCGGCGGCCCGGAUGGUCCCGGCUCGGAACCUGCAGCUCCUCCGCGACGCGCAUGCCGCGCCCUGCGCCGCCGCCGCCGCCGCCGCAGCAGCAGCAGCGGGCACCGGCGUGACCACGGCGCCGCCGAGCCACAUGGCCCAGGAGCCCAUCGACCACCACCACCACGAGCCGUCCAAACCGCCGCCGCCGCCGCCGCCGCAGGAGAGGCCGCAGGCGGACCACCACGAGGCCCGCGCCUUCGGGGACGCGCCGGCGCUGUGGCCGCUGCAGCACGCCCACCAGGAGGCCGCGGGCACCAGCGGGAGCAGCGGCGGCGCCGGGGACUGGCUCCGGCUCGGCCCCGCCCCGGCGUCCCCCGGCCCCACCGGCGCGGGCUCGCCGCUCGGUGCCUUCUCGGACCGCGCGCGGGGGCCGCCGCUGCUGCCGUCGCAGCCGCGAACGACGACGGCGGAGGCGCUGCCGGGCAUGGGAGCCUUCCUGCGGCAGCCCGCGCCCGGCAUUCCGCAGGCGUCGAUAACCCUGCCCGCGCCGCGCGCCGGGCCGCCCUGGCUGCCGCUGUGGAUGCCCGCGGCGGCGCCACCGCCGCUGAUACCGCUCGGGCACCGCGCCUUCUACACGCCCGGCGCCGCCGCCUCCGGCCUCGACGCGAUCAGGGUCGUCCUGCCACCGUCGGCCGCCGGCGUCUGGUUCCUGCUCCAGGCCGCACCCCACCAAGGGAGGGAACCAUUCUUGCCUCAGAUUCCGAGGAGCUACCUACGGAUCAAGGACGGGAGGGUGACAGUCCGGCUGCUGAUCAAGUACCUGGCCGCCAAGCUUGGGCUGGAGGACGAAUCAGAGGUGGAGAUCACGUGCCGAGGGCGACCGCUCCCCGCGUUCCUGACCCUGCAGCAUGUCCGGGACGGCAUCUGGUGCCAGGGCGACGCUGCCGUCUCGCCGUCGGUGGCGCCACCGGACAUGCCAGUCGCUAACCACCUCAUGGUUUUGCAGUACGGCAGAAGGCCGUAGUAGACAGACAACAGACCACCAACCAACCCACACCCCCACCUCCGAUGACAGAAAUGUAGAUCCUGGCAUUCUGCCCCUCCUAACCACGGCUGUUGCCGGACCGGCAAUAGGCAGCAUGACGGACGACGACGAGCUCCCGACCGCCUGCGCUGGCUUGCCCGUGCGCCGCCGAUGAUCUGCUGAAGAACCACAGGAGAGGUGCGAAGCUAUUUUUUUCCCCGCCGGUGACUGUCGGCGCGGCAGCUCAUCGGCACACCGGAGGCCGUUUCUCUCCACACAAGUGCUGGAGAGAAUGUAACAGCUUGGAAGUUGCGCCUGACAGAGAGUCUGACAAUGCUGUGACGGCAAGAAGGGAAUUGAGCCCACUGAAGAGUAACGACUUCCAAGCCAUUUUGGCCUUGUUCACUUCACCUGAUCUACUAAUCUCCAGAGUUAAGCCGUUACAUUUUGUUAAUUAAUUGUUAGUCCCUGUUGCUCGCUUCUGUUCUUUGUUGUGGAAGCAGCACAUCUUGAAAUGUUCCCGUUGCUAAAGGACUUGUCUUUCAGAGGGAAAACUUGACAUCUCACUGAUAAUUAUUCAUUGAUUCAUGACUUGAACCCCUAGAAGCUAGCUCUUGUUUCUUUUGGCCAUUAAUUCAGUGGAUUGUGCCACAGCAAUUCAGUUGUAGCACCUUUCA